AUGCUGUCAACGAAGCGAAGAAAGCUGUCGCAUCCAGCUUCCGGCCCCGCCAAAUCCAAGGGCACUGGUCAGAAGCCACUCCCGCAAAAGCAAAGACGACAAGAACAGAUCGAGCAAGAAGAAGAUAGUGAUGACGAUAGCUCUAUUGCUAGCGAUCCUAGCGAGGCGAACGAUUCUGAUUCCGACAGCGCUGGCGAGGAGGACAAACAUGCUAGCGAUCGUGAGAACGACCAAGCCGACAGUGCAAAGGAGACCGGCUCCAGCGAAGGAGCAGUGGAAGAUGCCGACGAGAAACUACCCGAGACCUUCAAAGAUCUGGGAAUUGUGGAUCAAUUGUGCGAAGCUUGCGAUGCUCUUGGUUACAAGAAGCCUACCCCCAUUCAGGCGAAAUCGAUUCCCCUGGCCCUUCAGAACCGUGACUUGAUCGGUCUUGCCGAGACUGGCAGUGGAAAGACCGCCGCAUUCGCCCUGCCUAUUCUUCAAGCACUUCUCGAGAAACCUCAACCACUAUUUGGCCUUGUACUAGCUCCUACAAGAGAGUUGGCUCACCAGAUCGGACAAUCAUUCGAGGCCCUGGGAAGCAUCAUUUCGCUCCGCGUUGCCGUCAUUGUCGGUGGCCUCGACAUGGUGCCCCAAUCAAUCGCUCUUGGCAAGAAACCUCACAUCGUUGUCGCAACGCCUGGACGACUAUUUGAUCACCUUGAAAAGACAAAGGGGUUCUCACUACGUGCCAUCAAGUACUUGGUCAUGGAUGAAGCCGAUAGAUUGCUGGAUAUGGACUUUGGACCGAUCAUCGAGAAAAUUCUCAAGUGUCUUCCUCGCGAGCGUAGGACUUUCCUCUUUUCCGCCACCAUAUCAUCAAAGGUUGAAAGUCUUCAGCGGGCGGCCUUGCGUGACCCCCUUCGUGUCAGCAUUAGCAGUCACGACCACCAGGUUGUCUCGACGCUCAUUCAAAACUACGUCUUUAUCCCACUAGCACAAAAGGACGUAUACUUGAUUUAUCUGUGUAAUGAAUUUGCUGGCCGAACAAUCAUCGUGUUCGCUCGUACCAUUGUCGACACACAGCGUAUCUCUAUCCUCCUGCGCACACUCGGUUUUGGUGCGAUUCCACUUCAUGGUCAGCUCUCUCAAUCGGCUCGACUGGGUGCCCUUAACAAGUUCAAGGCUGGAUCAAGAGAAAUUCUCGUCGCCACUGAUGUUGCUGCCCGAGGUCUGGAUAUCAAAGGCGUUGAUUUGGUUUUGAACUACGAUCUGCCGCAAGACUCAAAGACAUAUGUGCACAGAGUUGGUCGAACCGCUCGUGCUGGUAAGAGCGGACGUGCCAUCAACCUGGUUACACAAUACGAUCUCGAAAUCUACCUGAGAAUUGAGCAUUUCCUUGGCAAAAAACUGGUUGAGUAUGAGGUCGACAAGGCAGAAGUCAUGAUCUUCAAGCCUCGCGUUGAAGAAGCACAACGACACGCCAAGAUGGAGGUGAAGAACUUGAUUAAUGAUCGAGGUAGAAAGGGAGCCGUGCUCAAGGGCAAGUACAUUAAGGGUGGUAGAAGGAAACGAGAUCACAUGGAUGCUGAAGAGGGCUAG